CAGCUGCCUGCCACAGCAUUUCAGUAGGCUGCAGUGGAGAUCAGAUGACGAGUGGGCUCUGGUCCAGCAGAUUAACUUGCCCUAUCAGUUCUGCUGCUGACUUACAACACAGUCGGUGAGAAGAGGCUUUAAUCACUUGACAGACGUGGGCACUGGAGUUGGACAUGGCAUCAAAAUCAGUGUUCUUUGUGCUGGUGACUGUGCUGCUAGCAUACUACAUUUACAAGCCUCUGCCAGACAAUGUGGAAGAGAAAUUCAAAGUGAUGUUGUUGGAUGCAACUUUUAGAACUCUAGGACAUGCGGGUUAUUUAGCUGAGCUGCUUGGGGUAACGCAUUACAUGGAUGUCAUGAUGCUGUUAACAAAGGUGGAACAUACAGAACCCAUUUCAGAUGAAAAUGUUACUGUCACAGACACAUCAUUCAGCAAUGUUCCUGUGAGAUUAUAUGUGCCUAAACGACAAUCAGAAGGACCGAGGAGAGCCGUUAUCUACAUUCAUGGUGGUGGAUGGUGUUUAGGAAGUGCAGCCAUGAAGCCAUAUGAUCUUCUAUCAAGGAAAACAGCACAUCAGCUCAGCGCGGUGGUAGUGUCAAUCAAUUACCGACUGGCUCCCAAAUUCCACUUUCCAACACAGUUUGAUGACGUGUAUGCUGUAGUUAGGUUCUUUCUACAGAAAAGCAUCCUUGAUAAAUACUCAGUUGAUCCAAACCGCAUAGCUGUGUCUGGAGACAGUGCAGGUGGAAACUUGGCUGCAGCUAUAACACAAACGCUGUUCCAUGACCCAGAAGUCAAAGUGAAACUGAGGAUCCAGGCAUUAAUCUACCCAGUUCUGCAGACCCUUGAUCUUUACACGCCAUCUUACCGAGAAAAUGGCAACAUGCCUUUACUUUCCAGGACACUCAUGGUGCGUUUUUGGAGUGAAUAUUUCACCACCGAUCAAAAAUUAUUUAAAGCCAUGCUCUCUAACAGAUAUAUACCAUCCCAAGAAGCUCAUUUAUUUAAGUUUGUAAACUGGAGUACUUUAUUGCCCAAUAGCCUGAAAAACAACCACGUUUACCACAAGCCUGAAUAUGGAGACUCAAGUUUUGUUAAAAAAUACCCAGGAAUUUUGGAUAUAAAAUCGUCUCCAUUGUUGCAAGAAGAUGAAAACUUAAAAGGCCUUCCAUUAACAUAUGUCCUUACAUGCAUGUAUGAUGUCUUAAGGGAUGAUGGCUUUAUGUACGCAUCAAGACUGCGACAAGCUGGGGUUCAAGUUGUACACCACCACUAUGAUAGCACAUUCCAUGGUAUACUUUUACUAAACACAUUGCCCUUUGAUUUUGCUAUAGCACACCACAUAUCAGACAAAUACUUAAUGUGGCUUGAUAGCAAUCUGUGAAAAGCAUACAAUAACAUACAAAUACCACAGAGGUAAAUAUUUUACUAUAAUUUUAUGCAUCUUCAGAAGUGUGACAACUAGGACUUAGAAUUGUUCUUUUUAAGCAGAGUCUAAAAUUUGAGAAUUCUAUACACUACUUCUGCUGUACUGUCCUUUGAUGUUGACAUUUAUUGUUCUUAUAGACGUGAGAUGGCAAUUGUUCAGGAAUGU